UUUAAAAAGACUAGAUGAUCAAUACCAUGUCUCUACCUGUUUUCCCACCCAAUAUCUCUCUCACUUCACUUCUCACCAUUAAAUAGAACAUAACAUGGUUCCAAUAAUUCUCCCAUCUCUGCAAAUCAUCAAGUUUUUUUUGUCAAAGCAGCCUUCACUCACAAUCUGUUUUUUUAUUUUUACAAGUUUGGAGAUUAAUGGGUCUUCCAAGUACUCCCAGCCCUCCACACCUCUAUCCUCAAGCACUUCAACUCAAACUCUACCAAGCCUUCAUAUUUUCAGUCCCAAUCCUCUUCUCCAUAAUUCUAUUUCUCUUGUUUUACCUAUUUUACCUGAAGAGGAGGGCCUCUAAUCUAUCUUCCUCUCCAACAACUCCUCCAUGGAGAUCAAAUCAAGCCAGUACUGAUCCCCUGCCUUUCACAGUUGACUUGAAAGAGGAACUCAAGGCCAAGCUUCCCAUAGUCAUGUUUGAUGAGGAUUUAAGGUCCAGAGAGUCACAGUGUUGUGUGUGCCUGGGAGAGUUUGAAGUGAAAGAGCAGUUGCACCAGAUUCCAUCAUGCAAUCAUGUAUUCCAUAUUGACUGCAUUCACCACUGGCUUCAGGCAAACACAACAUGUCCACUUUGUCGAGGCUCCAUAAUCCUCGCGACUAGGAGGAAAUCUUACUCUUCAGAGACACCACCAUCCAGUACUACUGGAGUGAACUUGCAGCAAGAGGAUCAGUUGGGACAAAUGGAAGGAUCAACCAGUGGGAGAACGCCCGGUUAUUCGCUUCAAGACUCGAUUGCUGUUCAGAUAUACCAAUAA